AAAUGGAUACGUGUUACAGCACGGCAAUUUAAUACGCCAGUGAAAUCAUCAUGGCAGAAGGCGGAAAUGUAGAUAUUGUAAAUGUUGAAGACAAGGUUGACUUACAAGAAUUUACAGUGAAAUCUAAGAAUAGUGAUGUAACUUUUAUUGUUGAAGACCAGCAGGUGUAUGCCUCUAGGGUUGUUUUAAGCAUUGCUUCGCCAGUGUUUAGUGAACUGUUUGAAAAGAAUAAGAAAAAAGAGGUUGAAGUGCCUGGAAUUAAACUGGGGCAUUUUGUGGAAUUUUUGAAAUGUAUCUAUCCAGACAUCUUGCAAGACAUAAAUGAAACUACAGUAUACUGGGUAGUUCCAUUGGCACACAAAUAUCAAGUAAAGGUUUUACGAGGAAAAUGCAUCCAGUUGCUGUUAAAUAUUAUCAAGAAGAAUUAUGCCAAGAACGCAGAGGAACUUUACCGACACAUCAAGCUCUCGGAGCUGCUCGAUUUGCAGGAAGUGGUAACUUUGUGUGUUGCGAUGGCGUCUGAAUGUUCUCUAGACGAAUUGGUAGAAGCCAACACGGAAUAUCCUAUCCUUCAUGAAACUGAUGAUAAAAUUAUUAAAAUGGCUUUACGGAGGCAUGAGAUUGCACGUCAGGAUGAGGAAAUUUACAGAAGUAGAUCUACUUGUAACGCAUACUUAGAAAAAGAUAUCCAUUGUUUGCUUGAAAAUAAGUCAUACUACCAACAAUAUGCAGAAGAGGACAGAGCAAAGAACUGCAUGCAAGCGCUAAGACUCUGCUAUCGCUAUGUUUCUGGAAAUAGGAAAGACAAAGCCCUGAAGGAAGUCCGAGCACUUGGACACCUGGAAGGUCCCGAUAUGGAAAUCUACCGAUUACUUCCUGAAGUAAUAAAGAGAGAUCUCGAAAAAAAAUUAACUUAACACAAUGAUCUAUCAAUGUGUAUAAUUAUUCGGACGAAGCCGACUUAGUAGUCUCUCCAGAAACCAUAUGAACAGUUAUUAUGGACAAAUUUAUCAAAUAUACAUUUUAGUCUUGGAGAACAAAGAUUAAAGAGGGAUACGUUGGGAAAUAGACAGUUUUACAAAUAAUUACAAAUACUACAGUAAAUGUAGAACAGCAAUUUAUUUUGUCCACCAUGCAAAAUACUUGCAACUUAGAAUAAAAUGAUUAUUUUCAAUUGUUUAACGUAAUCAAUAUAUGGUUUGAUAAACGAAACGUCAAGAAAUUUAGUGAAUUUCACAUUCAAACAAGGAAUAGAGAAAAGCAAAGCAUUUUACAAAAAUAGAAAUGUUAUCUUUUUAUUUUCAAACGUUUUAAAUUGUUUAGUUAUUGACGUGUACAAUACAUCAUGUACUAUAACUAUAUAUGUUUGUAUUUCUACAUGUAUUGUAAUAACUCA